AAAAUACUAAAGGGAGUUGGAAUAUUUUAGUAGGAAAAACACACAGCAGGAACGGUAGCAUGUAGCCCAGACGGGAGGAAGGUUAAAGAAGAAGGAAACGAUGUCGGAAGCAUUUCUCUGUGAGCCGAAGCACACUUCCGCUUGUCAUUCAAAGGCACACUUCAACGGAGGGCCUAGCUUCCCUCAGCGCUUGAAACACAGCAGUUGAGGCUUUUGACCAGACGCCAUGACACUAUUCCACUUUGGAAACUGCUUCGCCCUGGCCUAUUUUCCCUACUUUAUAACCUACAAGUGCAGUGGCCUCUCGGAGUACAAUGCCUUCUGGAGAUGUGUCCAGGCAGGAGCAACCUACCUGUUUGUCCAGCUGUGCAAGAUGCUGUUUCUUGCUACGUUUUUCCCCACGUGGGAAGGAGGAGCAGGUGUUUACGACUUUGUUGGGGAGUUUAUGAAGGCCACAGUGGACCUAGCCGACCUGUUGGGUCUCCAUCUUGUGAUGUCCCGUAAUGCUGGUAAAGGGGAGUACAAGAUCAUGGUGGCUGCCAUGGGCUGGGCCACAGCAGAACUUGUAAUGUCAAGGUGUCUUCCUCUGUGGGUUGGUGCCAGAGGGAUUGAGUUUGACUGGAAGUACAUCCAGAUGAGCUUUGACUCUAACAUUAGUUUGGUGCAUUAUAUUGCCAUGGCGGCUGUGGUGUGGAUGUUCACACGCUAUGACCUCCCUAAGAGCUUCAGACUGCCUGUUACUGUGCUGCUGGCUCUCUGUGUCUACAAGGCCUUCUUGAUGGAGUUGUUUGUGCACAUCUUCCUGCUGGGCAGCUGGACGGUGCUGCUGGUGAAAGCGGUGCUGACCGGAGCCAUCUCCCUCUGCUCACUCUUCCUGUUCGUCACGCUGGUUCACAGUAACUAAGCACCAGUGAAGGCCUGUGUUCUCAGCGGACAGGUGCCCUCUGGGCGGCUUUAAAUGGACUGACUGACACAAACCACCAGCUGGAGUGCUUAGCGCUUUUUUCCAGUGUGUUCUGGUCCCAGUAUUUUGACCUGUGUCAGUCCAGGGGGCGAGGGACCAGCAGCGACCUCAUCAGGCGACUGGAGUCGGUACCAGAGCUGAGCUGGUUUAGUAAAAAUGUGAAUUUUGCAUCAGAGCAAUUCCAAACGACCAUUUUUGUUUUCUAUGUGUUUUUUCUAAUGAGGCAAUCGUAUAUUAAGAUCAAGUAGUGAAGAAAAAAUAUUAAAACAGUUCCUGGACUUCAUUGUGUGCCCACAAAUUUAUCAAUGUAUUUAUAUGCUGAAAAAGUACAGGUAGUUAUGGUUUUCCUCACCACUGUAAUGGACUUGUAGGACUAACUAAAAUCUGACCUUUUAAGUAUGUGGUUUCUACAUAAUUAAAUUUCUUUGUAAUGUCCUAUCUCUGUGCCAGCGUCCUUAAUGAUCAGAUAACUUCAUUUAGCCGCAAAUGAUUUGGUCAUGAAUACCAACUUACGUUCUUUUCAAAACUCUGGGACAACAUUUUAGUUUGAAAUCUGAGUUUUACUGUCAUUCAAGUUUUU